AUGUCUACAACUUCUCCGUCACCACCACCCAGCCUGCAAUCGAAUGAAGAUUCCACAGAUUCUGUAUCGUCCGAGUUCUCAAACGAAGCUGCUCAGCCACAAAAUUAUGAGUUUCCUCAGAAAAAUGUAUACAAAAUAAAUUCACUCACAUCCCACGGAGUAGAAGACAUACUUUCUGAGGGAGCCAAUUAUAAUCCUCCAGAGAAUCCAUUCCCCGAUUGCAAAGCAGAAGUUCUUUCCUCGCUAUCAAAUCAAGUGGCAUUUGUGCAAGAUUACAACUCCAGAGAUUCGACCGGUUUCAGUAUACAUGACAUUCUUGGACUACAGCAAUCCUAUAAUGCUACGACUAACCAAGAUAAUCUGUUAGAACCUAGAUAUGAAUAUCAUAUACCACAUUAUGAUAACAUAAGCAACAGUCCUCAUAACAACUACGGAUCAGGCACUGAAGAGGUGCUAUCAGAUCACCAUAUUACGAAGAGCGAUGAUUUUUUUCCCUCAAACGAUUCAGAAAUUCGAAAUCAAAAUAUUUACGACAGAAACUACCCAGAAACAAAACCUGUUCGAUGCCAAAGAAGUGAUUUGGGCAACGAUGUCGUCAAAAAUCCUGAAGAAGAAAUAAACGAUGUCAGCGAAUCAAGUUUUCCCAGUCAGAGUACAACAUGGUGUAGCAAAUCCUCUAUUGUGGGCAAUCAAACAAUCAACACAUCGUCUUUAUCAAACGAUAUGUCUACCGAUUCGUCAUCUUAUCCAAAAGGCUUCACUAAACGUGCACGAACUGCCUAUACAAGUUCACAAUUAGUGGAAUUAGAAAAUGAAUUUCAUCAAAACCGCUACCUUUGCCGUCCAAGACGUAUCGAGUUAGCGAACUACUUACAGCUGUCAGAACGUCAAAUCAAAAUAUGGUUCCAGAACAGGCGUAUGAAAUACAAAAAGGACAAUAAACACAAUAAACCAAGUUCCUCAGUUGAUGAUAACAGUCCAUCAAGUUCCAAGGAAAUGUCACCAACUCAAGAUCACAAAAUGAGUCAUGGAAGAAGCUGCGGCGGCCAUGACCGUCACAGGCGUUUACUUUCAGAAAGCCACGCGAGUCAUCAUAAAAUUUAUGUAACUUCGAAUGAUGCACUUUCACGACCACCGGAGUACUCAUCAGUGAAUCCACUGAAGUCGGUUAUUAAAGGACCACAGAGCACAAUCGAAUUGCCAGCAUAUACGCCCAAUCUAUCAUAUUCGUCUUACUACUCUACAGGACCAAGUAGAAGCGCUUACUCACCAAUGCCCGAGGUUUAUCGAUACAACAACGAUGAAUCACUGCAACCGAGUUCACAUACAAUGUCAACUCUACAAUCCGACAGCUACGUUCCAAAUGGUCCCAACUUAAAACUAUGCGAAGAUGUGACACGGUAUUCGACUGGAUCUACUUAUUACAGCACACUUUCGAACGGAGUAGUAAUGCAUACGCCAACAACUGAAGCAUAUGGAUUCACUACCACUAUGCCUACGUUAGCUACUCCCACAUAUGAUGAUAGCGCUUUACAUACAAGAACCGGACUUACAUUGCCUCCAGAUCCCUAUUUUUCUUAUUUAGGAUCAUCCGAACCGUCAAGUCAACAAGCAUCUACUUCUACAAUCUUUGAAAUGUUCCAAAACGUGUUAAUGGCGGUUACGCCUUUGAGUGACCUAAAGGAUGAGAUUAAUUGCUGGAAAAACCGACCGUUCAUACACAGUUGGCCGGAAUCGAAUCAACAUAAGACGUUUAAUAAAGACACAGUAAAGAAAACUAUAAAGAAGAAAACCAAGCGUAAUAGAACUGCUUUUACAACAGAUCAGCUGAGGAUGUUAGAAAAAACAUUUGCCCGCACAAAAUACGUGGAUGCUGAACGUCGCAAGGAGCUCGCGGAUACUUUGAAGAUCGGUGAAAAAUGCGUCAAGGUUUGGUUCCAAAAUAGGAGAAUGAAAGAGAAGAAAGAAUGCUCAGAAUCAAGUAACGAUUCGUCGAGUGAAUACGUCGCCUCUGAACCAGUUACAUCUCCAUCAGUGAACUCGGCACAGUAUAGGAGUGAAGACCAGUACGUCCAAUCAAACUGCAGUUAUAUCGAGCAGACAAUUCAUAGCCAUAACGCCCAUAACAAUACAGAACCACAGUCUUACUACUAUCCUUAUCAGGAAAAUUGCAAAGCUUAUCAUCAAGCCUACGGAGUUGGCUACCAGAAUAAUCAUUUUCAUUUCGAUUAUGCGAGUUAUAAUAUGCCAUCACAAUAUACUAAUGGCUAUUUUAACAACGAUGCAACUGUUAAUACCUCUCAAUAUUACCCCUGUUCAGCUGUUCCUGAAUACAAUAUGUACGCAAAUAUGGAUAAUAACCAGUGCGUUCAGGACCAACAAAGCACUAUUAACUCUGAGAUCCCUAAUUGGUCAGAUUUAUGUUAUUUUUAAAUAAAUUUAUACUAUAUGAAAUAUUUAUAUUAAGUUAAUUUAAUUUUAUAAUAAGUAAUAGCUUAUUUACAAACAUAUUAAUAGACACGAUAAAUGAUUAUUAUUUGUGAAGUCAAUGAUAUUGUACUUCGGAAUAAAUGCUCAAUGAACUGUAAUAUUUAGACUUAUGUUAUUACUAUAAUGUUAAUUUUAUAAAAUUCUAUCUUCACCUGACUUAGUUAUAAAAAAAUCUGUCUAGCUAUAUGUCAUGUUACUAUUCUAUUUAUUCCUAUAAAAGUGAUUUAUUUCCUGUUAAUAAAUUAUGCCUGAACACUAUGUUUCCUAUUUACAUGCUAAUAUAAUAAAUACUACAUAUUAAGACUAAGAAAAUGUGAACUGAAUAUUUAAAGGUUUAGUAAGAAUAAAGAGGACAAAUAAACCAAAUUAUCAUUAAUAUAAAUUAUGUUUAAUAGAUACAUCGUCUUAUUUCAUAAGUUACAAAGUAAGUAAGCCUAAUAUAACUUUAAAAAUAAAAUUCUGUAAAAACUAACAUAAACUAUUCAUGUAUUUUAAUAAAGACUUUAUUAAUACUAAA